AUGUUCUCGAAAGGGGAAGCGGUGGAAGAGAAGCGUUUUAUCCCCUGGAAUUAUCGGCUGGUCUGCACGCCGCGGAAAGACGGAGGAUUGGGGUUGAUAUGUCCCGAAAGGCGGGUCGACAACAUCGCCAUUCGUUGUGUCUGCAGGCUGGUGCUGAAGCCGAACUCGGUUAAGAAGUGGCUGGUGGAGAAAGCGGCGGAGAUGCCCCUGGGGCUGGACACAAUCUUCGCACACAGGUCGCUGCUGGAUCACUGGGAGAAAGGGAGCGCACGGUGGAAGGAGUUAGUUGAAAAAUCCUGGGACUCUCCGCUAUGCAAACCACGGGCUCCAACAAACCGCUGGGAGGUGGAACAGGAACAUCUGGCAUUCAACCCGAACAUCCCCUUCAGAGGCGCGAGCCCCUUCGGGAACCAGAAAGGUGCAGAGGCGCUGCUCGGCGUCCGCAUGGGUGACUUGAUUGUUAAGGCGCGGGACGGAACAUGUGAGCUCAAGAAGCUGGCAGCGCUGGCAAGGGAGCUCGGCUGCAGGGAGAAGGCAAAGUGGGCAUUGAGGGCUUUCAAUGCAGCACCCACGGUCUGGAAGGAGAUGAUACUCGCGAAAUUGACAGGCGAGGAGGUAGCGGCUACGGUGAAGCUAGUGCCGUCGAAUAACAGCGCAACUGGAGGUUUUACCUACUGGAAAGUCGGCGAAGCAAGAGGCGACACGAUGGAUGGGACACUGUGCGAUAUAGGGGACGGAGGGCACUUCUCACCCUACAAGGGAAACCUCACGUUGCACUUCAACCUGCGUAGUGGGGUGCCGAUGUUCACGGAAGGAAGUGUGUUCCUGGGGCCCAUGGGGGACGUGCGGACGAAGCUAUUGCUCUCAGCGGCAUGUGAAGGAGGGGAGCUAAUCUCGCUGAAAGGGAUAAGGAAGGUGCUGGCAGACUCGGCCGGACCACAAGAAGAACAAAGAAGAUGGGAAGGACAGAGGAGGGAGAUCGAGUGGGACAGGGUCAUCGAACAGAGAGAUUCCCUGGUCACCCCACGGCGGGCACGUGAAGUCCUCAUACGGCUCCACUGUAGGAACCUGCAAGUGGGCUCGAGGCUGUUUUUCAUGGGGGUGGUUUGCCCGCACUGCCAGGGAGAGGAAACCCCGGAUCACUGCCUCCUUGACGGCCUUGCAGUACAGGGGGUGGCGGAUGUGAUGAGGCAUGGGCUGGAAAUAAUGCGCCCGGGCCUAGCGUGGCAGGAUCUGGAGGAUCUGCUCUUCAUGCAAAGAAGCACAAGCCGCCGUCGCCGCUCCUUCCUAUCCUGCAUCGCCUCCGCCUCCCACCCCGUCAUAGCCUCUCCCUUCCUCCUCUCCGUCGCCUCUCCCUCCCUUCCCGCCAUCGCCUCUGGUGGGUGCACGAGCAUGAGCGCGGGUUUCUGCCCGACCGCGCGUUGUUUUCUGAGGCACCGUUGUCUCAGCGCCCUGCGCGCUGGGGCCCUGCGUGCUGGCGCCCUGCGCGCUGGCGCCCUGCGCGCUAGCGCCUAA